CCGAGUAUUUUUGGCCACUUUAAGGCGCCGUCGUCACCUUGACGUCGGCGGAGCUAAGAAAACAAAAUGGCUGCACCCAUAGUCACGUCUCUGAAAUCAGGUUUGCUCUUGUGUCCCCGCACUUGUCAGCUCCGCAGAGCUCAAAAUAUUGCUCUAAGUGCAGCUUCCCAGGCUGGGAGCAAAUGGAGAAUCGAGAAUGGCUUUGCUAGAAGCGGCACAGAAUACGGACCUUUGACAGACCUCCCUGACUGGUCGUAUGCUGAUGGCAGAGCAGCACCUCCUCUCAAAGGACAGGUUCGAAGAAAGCAGGAGAUGGAAGAAUUGGCAAGGAGAGUUGUGAUGUUGAGUUCAGAAGUGGACCGCGGAAUGGAGAGAUGGAGAAAGACGCAGGAAGAAAAGAAGAAAAAAGAAGGGAAGAAUCUGUCCCUCCUUUUAAAACCCAAAGGAGACCGACUGCUUAAAAAAUAAACUGCAGCCCUUGUCAGCCUUCCCCUUACUGUUUUAAUCUUGGAUUCCGAACAUGUGCCGCUGCAGUGAUCUCAUGCAGUCUGGACACAUUUCAAUCCUCUUGUGUCUGUAGGCAAGUUAUAGCAGUCAAGUUAAAAAAGUUACAUUGAUGCACGCUUUGAGUGAGGGGUGCUGUUUACUGACUGGAACCUACGAUUCUCCAGACAAACGCCAUCAAAUAAUAAUUCAAAAUGCAUGUUGUAAUAAAAACACCUCUUCUUUUU